AUGAUUUCUCUCUCCGAGAGAAGCUGUGAAGCUCUGUCCUCAGUCCUCAGCUCCCAGUCCUCUAGUCUGAGAGACCUGGACCUAAGUAACAACGACCUGCAGGAUUCAGGAGUGAAGCUUCUGUCUACUGGACUGAAGAGUCCAUUUUGUGAACUGAAAACCCUCAGUCUGUCAGGCUGUCUGAUCUCAGAGGAAGGGUGUUCUUCUCUGGCCUCAGCUCUGAGGUCCAACCCCUCCCAUCUGAGAGAGCUGGACCUGAGCUACAAUCAUCCAGGAGACUCAGGAGUGAAGCUGCUGGAGGAUCCACGAUGCAGACUGGACACUCUCAGGGUGGACCAUGGUGGAGAGCACAGGUUAACACCUGGUCUGAGGAAGUAUUUCUGUCAACUCACACUGGACACAAACACAGUAAACACAGAGCUCAAACUGUCUGAGAACAACAGGAAGGUGACGCAUGCAACAGAGUAUCAGUCAUAUCCUGAUCAUCCAGAGAGAUUUGACUACUAUCCUCAGCUGCUGUGUAGAGAUGGUCUGACUGGUCGCUGUUACUGGGAGGUCGAGUGGAGAGGAAGAGUUCAUGUAGCAGUAAGUUACAGAGGAAUCAGCAGGAAAGGAGGCAGUGGUGACUGUUGGUUUGGAUGCAAUGAUCAGUCCUGGAGUCUGAGGUGCUCUUAUGUUGGUUACUCUGUCAGCCACAAUAAGAGACAAACACGCCUCUCCUCCUCCUCCAUCUCCUCCUCCUCCAUCUCCUCCUCCUCCUCCUCCUCCUCCUCCUCCUCCUCCUCCUCUGGUAGAAUAGGAGUGUAUGUGGACUGUCCUGCUGGCUCUCUGUCCUUCUACAGAGUCUCCUCUGACUCACUGAUCCACCUCCACACCUUCAACACCACAUUCACUGAACCUCUUUAUCCUGGGUUUAGGUUGACCUUUGACUCCUCAUUGUCUCUGUGUGGUCUGUAGGACGGAGACGACUUCCUGUCCUGUGGUCUGAAUGUUGGAUGAAGCUUCACUUUGUUUAACAUUUGAUUCUCUGAUUGUUUCUUAAAUGUCUCAAAUGUUUUCUUCUUAUAAACGGUGAAAUGAUCUCAGGGCUGAACUCUGAUUUUCUCUUGAAUCCAGUUUUUUUUGGAGCAGCGUCUUGUAGCUGCUAAUGUCUGUCGUGAUUGAUCUCAAUAAAGGUUUAAAGACUCACGAGAACAGCA